UCAUGUCGGCCAGGAUAGCGGGUGGGGGGCGCUGGGAGGUGGUGAAGAAGGGGCGGCGGCCUGGGGCCGGCGGCAGUGGUAAAGGCGGCGGAGGGGACCGCCGGGCACUCGGGGAGGCGAACGGAGUGUGGAAGUACGACCUGACCCCUCCAAUCCAGACGACAAGCACCCUGUAUGAGCGGGGCUUUGAGAAAAUCAUGAAGCGGCAGAAUAAGGAGCAGGUUCCACCCCCUGCUGUGGAGCCUAAGAAACCGGGGAACAAGAAGCAGACUAAGAAGGUGGCCACGCUCACCAACCAGAACCAGAAGCAGGGCCGCUUUCGCAGCCUGGAGGAGGCACUGAAAGCUUUCAACCAUUUUCCCACCUCUACCCCAUUACUCUGUACCCACAACUCAACCAUGAGGGUCCUGUGUCCCUGGCAGCUGGACCUGGCAGCUCUGCAGAAGGAACUGGACAAGAGCCAAAGCGUGUUCUCUGGGAACCCAUCUGUGUGGUUGAAGGACCUGGCCAGCUAUCUCAACUACAAGCUCCAAGUACCUCCAAGUGAACCCACGUUAAGCCAGCAUACUCACGAUUAUCCCUACAGCCUGGUGAGCCGGGAGCUGCGUGGGAUCAUCCGAGGGCUACUGGCGAAGGCAGCGGGGUCUCUGGAGCUCUUUUUUGACCACUGUCUAUUCACCAUGCUACAAGAGCUGGAUAAGACGCCAGGGGAGUCACUGCACGGUUACCGCAUCUGUAUCCAGGCCAUUCUGCAGGACAAGCCCAAGAUCGCCACCAUGAACCUGGGCAAGUUCCUGGAACUGCUGAGGUCCCACCAGAGCCGACCAGCAAAGUGUCUGACCAUCAUGUGGGCCCUGGGUCAAGCAGGUUUUGCCAGUCUCACCGAGGGACUGAGAGUGUGGCUGGGGAUCAUGCUGCCUGUGCUGGGCAUCAGGUCUCUGUCUCCAUUCGCCAUUGCGUACCUGGAUCGGCUGCUCCUGAUGCACCCCAACCUCACCAAGGGCUUUGGCAUGAUUGGCCCCAAGGACUUAUUCCCACUUCUGGACUUUGCCUAUAUGCCCAACAACUCCCUGACUCCCAGCCUGCAGGAGCAGCUGUGUCAGCUCUACCCACGACUGAAGGUGCUGGCAUUUGGGGCGAAGCCGGAAUCCACCCUGCAUACAUACUUCCCCUCCUUCCUGUCCAGAGCCACCCCAGGUUGCCCUCCGGAGAUGAAGAAAGAGCUCUUGAGCAGCCUGACCGAGUGCCUGACGGUGGACCCCCUCAGCACCAGCGUCUGGAGGCAGCUGUACCCCAAGCACCUGUCACAGUCCAGCCUGCUGCUGGAGCACUUGCUCAGGUCCUGGGAGCGGAUUCCCAAGAAGACACAGAAGUCUUUGCAAGAAACCAUUCAGUCCUUCAAGCUUACCAACCAGGAUCUGCUCGGGAAGGGCAGCUGCAGCAACCAGGAUGUCAUCACCUGUGACGCGGCCUGCAAGAGUCUGCUGCAGCAGGCACGGGGCUUCUGGCUGCCCUGGACGCGGCUACUCCUGUUGGUGCUGGUCUUUGCCAUAGGUUUCGUGUGCCAUGACUUCCGGUCACACAGCUCUUUCCAGGCCUCCCUUUCUGGCCGGUUGCUUCAUUCAUCUGGUGUCUUGCCUGCUGGCCAACAAGCAUGUACCAAGAUCUACUCCUACAGCCUGCAAGGCUACAGCUGGCUGGAGGAGACAUUGCCGGCCUGGGGUUCCCACUUGCUGACCAUGGUGAGGCCCAGCUUGCAGCUGGCCUGGGCCCACACCAAUGCCACAGUCAGCUUCCUUUCUGCCCGCUGUGCCUCCCACCUUGCCUGGUUCGGUGACAGCCUCACCAGCCUCUCCCAGAGGCUGCAGAUCCAGCUCCCUGAUGCCCUGAACCAGCUGCUCCAUUCUCUGAGGGAGCUGCUCCUGUUUCUUCACCAGAACGUCCUGCUGCCCACGUGGCACAUGUUGCUCGACGCCCUGGCCCGCGUCCAGGAGCACUGCCAUGAGGCGUGCAGAGGUGGGGUGACCUGGGACUGCGUGAAGACACAGCUCAGUGAGGCUGCCCACCAGACCUGGCUCUGCCUACAGGACACCACAGUGGCCUUCUUGGACUGGGCAUUUGCCAUGAUAUCCCAGCAGUAGGCCCUGCCUCCCUGGCUGCUGGGUUCUGUCUGGAGCAGACCAUCUGAGACUGCUGGCGGGAAGAGGGUGGCAGUUCUGCGUGGGAGUCUUUGCUGCGUGGUGCCUAAGUUCUGUCUCCUAGGCAAGUGGUUGGCUGCCUCUGCCUCAGUUCUUCCACUUCGGCAGCAGCUGAGCCCAGGGGUAUCUCAGCCUCCUACCCACAAUUCCACUGAGCGCUGCUCUGCCCGACUGCACACAGCUCCCAGCCUCUGUCCUUGGGCUGGUAGCCUCUCUCGCCUCCUCUCUUGUCUCCUGCUCUCCACUUCCUUCUCUCUCAUUCCUGAAACCUCAAACAGCUCAUCUCCAAAAAGGUGGGACUCCAGCAAGUGGUUUCUGCCUUCUUCUGACAAAUGAUCCCUGCUCCCAGACUUCAGCCGCAGCAGAAAAAAGAAGGGGACCUCCAGAAGAAUCCAGAAGAAUAUAGCACCUCAGUGGGUGGCAGCAGCUUCGCCUCUACCCACACCCUGGGCGUGGCUGUCAGUGGACAUGGAGGCCUGGGUGGAAAGGCCUCUCACCUCAAAAUGCUCAACUUAGGUCCUUCAAGGCCCCUCACUGCCCCUUCCAUUGUGGUCCUACUUCCUCACUCUCCAUUCCCCUUCAGUGCUGGGGGAUCUCUGCCUCAAUGUUCAGCCUUUCUCUGCUGCUCACCCCUACCAUCUGUCUGGAGAGCAGAGCCCAGGUAGUCAUGUGCCUCGGGCCCAGGGAACCUUCCAGCAGUCGGUUGAGACAGGACGUGGCCCAUGGGUAUGCCUACUUGGUGGAAUAAAGGACACAGAUUUGA